AUGGAUCGCAUGACAGAAAAUUAUUCAGUAGCUAGAAAAAGUUUCCGGUGGCCAUUGACAGUAUUUUAUUCUAUGCUAAACAUCGGAGGUGUCAAUGCUCAAAUAAUAUAUCAAGAAAACUGUCUACAUAAUAAAAAAACACGUCUUGAUUUUUUGAAAUGUUUAUCUCGAGAAUUGAUGAAGGAGCAGAUGGAAUACCGCUGCACUAUAAAAUCAUUACCAAAUGAAAUAAAAACUAAAAUGGUAAAAUAUGGAUUUAGUGUAAAUGCUACAGAGGAAUUUCAACGGUUUCGAAAAUCAGGUAGAUGUUCUUUUUGUGACAGAAAUAAGGACCGAAAGACAACAAAAGUAUGCACAAAUUGUGCAAAACUUAUUUGCCGUGAUCAUCUCAUAGAAAUGUGUCCAAGCUGCUGUGAAGUAAUGAUAUAA